UGGCGCUGCUACUCGCAAUUCUGAGUCUUGGGGUAUUGCUACUAUUUUAUCAUGCUGUCUAGCAGAGGCCGACGACGGCGUAUCCCUCCUGCGUCUGUCAGGGGCUGACGCACACACGGCCUAGCCAUGCACAUGCGCCACGUAGGUAGGUAUAUAUAGGGCUACGAACGGGAAGCAUGGCGGGAGGCCUGAGAAGCGACCCUAUCCACCAUCACCCUCUAAUCGCACACCGAGACCCAGAGAAAGAGAGAGAUUCUCCCUUUUCCUCUUCCUCAUCAUCCCGUCUCUGCGCCUUACCUGCCUCCCUCUUUACGGCGUCAAGCUAGCUAGGCGAAGCUCGCUUACACGUCUGUCUAUCUAUAUACCGAUAUAUAUACACAUAUAAUUUUUCUUGAAAAAAAGGAAGAAGAAACAAGCACAGCAGACAGCAAGGAGCAAUUCUAUCACUACUAGGGUGGUUGUCUCGAACGGGGAUAGCUACGAUAGGCAGUAGUGUAAUAGCAGCUGGUGCAAGUAAGUCUGCCUCUCCUUUCUAGAAGCCUAUUUGCGCCCGUCCGCGACGCGACGCUCGAGUCCUCGGGCGACAAUGUCUAGUCAAUACUAUCCGCCGCCUCCCGGUGCGGCUGGGACACCAGCCGUUUCGUCGCCGCAGAAAAGCUACCCGCCGCCGCCUACUUCCCCUCCCGCGAACCAGACCAAGUUCUACCCGCCGCCGCCUCAGACGCAACCCUAUCCCUCUCCUCCGCCGCAAGCCUACCCCCCGCCUCCUCAGCAAGGCGUAUCUCCGCCGCCGCUCAACACGACCACCCCUGCCUACCAGCCCCCGCCACCGCAACCGGCGCAACAUGCCAACCUCCCCCUCCGCAACGACGGAGCCCUCACCCCGCCGAGCGGUGCUGCGCCCGCAUACGCAAGCGUCGUACCCAACGCGCCGGAGGGAUUCCCCAACGAGAAGGCCCAGAGCAUCCUAGGCACGGGGCCGUCGCACGCGCGGACCGCGUCGGCCGGCGGGGCCGCGCAAUUCCAAGGUGCCAGCGCUACGUUGGACGACGUGGGGACGUUCAACGGCGGGUCGUAUCGCAUCAGCCAUCGUGACUGCAACACCAUCAUUACGAUCCAGCUCGCGAUGGGGUGCCCGAUCACCGCGAAGCCGGGCGUGCUGAUCGCCAUGACUCCGACCGUCACGCUGAAGGGUGAGUACAAAUUCAGCAUGAAGAAGCUGAUGGCCAGCGGCGGCGAGCUCGGGGAGUCGACUUUCAUCGGCCCCGGCGAGGUGUUGCUAGCUCCGGGCAUGCUCGGCGACAUGACGACUAUCCGCCUGACCGGCGACGAGUCGUGGAGCGUCGGCAAGGACUCGUACGUCGCCAGCACCCAGGGCGUCGUUCGCGACUACAAGCGCCAGGGCCUCGGCAAGGCCAUGUUCAGCGGUGAGGGCCUGUGGGUUCACAAGAUCAGCGGGGUCGGCCUCCUCUGGAUUACCAGCUUCGGCGCCAUCAUCCGAAAGGACCUCGCCGACGGCGAGAAGUAUAUCGUCGACAACGGCCACCUCGUGGCUUGGAACGUUAAGUACGUCAUGGAGCGCGUAGCCAGCGGCGGCAUCAUUGGCGGCUUUGCCAGCGGUGAGGGCCUCGUGUGCAAGUUUACCGGACCCGGUACGGUAUUCCUGCAAACGAGAAAUCCUAGAGCCUUCAGCGCCUACAUGACCGGCAAUGCCGCGCCGCCUUAACACACCCGUCGAGCCGCAGGGAGUCGGGGGGCGGCCGUAUGGGUCUUCUAUCGGGUCCGGAAAGCGUCAGGUGGACGAGACUCCCGUGGUUCGCAAAAAAAAAAACCCGAAGUCCUUGGAAGUCCGUGUGUUGGGUUAUGCCCGCUUUCGUGUAUUGAUAUUGGUUAGGCCAGGCAUCAGCGUAGUUUGAAUUCUAGGUAUAUUCAAUUCUUCUUCCCCUUAGGCUUGUAGGUCUCGAUGGCAUCAGCAUCGAGCUAGUAUACCGGAGUCUCUCGCGUACGAGGUAUUAUGCGUAGCUCGUGCAAACUGGCUGCCUGCACGUUAUUAGCUGUAGAAGAGGCAUCCAUCGUAAGCAGCAGCAGCAGCAGCAGCAGCAAAAACAAGAGGCGAAGUAGAAUAAGAAGAGAGAGAAGCAAGCAGACUCGGGUUUAUCUAGG